UAUGUGGCCUGAAGCUGUGGAUGCAAUAUAUUUUAUUCUAUUUCUGGAUGGAAUUUUCCUUUAAAUGUCAAGUUAGCUUCCAUGUGUAAUUUACACAGCGGUUUACAGAGCAUUAUGAAACUCAUGCUAACGUCUUUUAGCUAGCUACCAGUAUCAUGGCAGUUUAGGGGAACUCCGCUUUGUACCUCAACACACGACAACUUCAAGUAGAAAAGGGUUUUUCUGACGAUGACCACGAAAUGGAGGAGUUUCUUAAGCGGGAGUAUUCCCUCUCCAAGCCCUAUCAAGGUGUGGGAUCUUCAAGCUCCUCCCACUGGGAACUGAUGGGGGAUGCCAUGGUAACAACAGACUAUAUUCGACUCACACCCGACAGUCAGAGCCGGCAGGGGGCAGUGUGGAGCCGAAUACCAUGCAACCUGAAGGACUGGGAGAUGCAGGUGCACUUUAAGAUUCACGGGCAAGGAAAGAAGAACCUGAAUGGUGACGGGCUGGCCAUAUGGUUCACAAAGGAACGCAUGCAGAAAGGGCCUGUAUUUGGAAAUAUGGACAACUUCACCGGUUUGGGGGUCUUUGUGGACACGUAUCCCAAUGAGGAGAAACACAUUGAGGCGCAGAAGAAGAGAUACACGCCACGCACUCAGAGGAUCUUCCCCUUCGUCCUGGCCAUGGUAGGGAACGGCAGCAUCAGCUACAACCAUGAGCGGGACGGUCGGCCCACAGAGCUCGGCGGCUGCAACGCCAUGGUGCGCAACCUCAAGCACGACAGCUUCCUCUUCAUCAGAUACAUCCGCCGCAGGCUGACGGUCAUGAUCGACAUCGACGGCCAGCACGAGUGGAGGGACUGCCUGGACAUUCCCGGGGUGCGUCUGCCUCAGGGUUAUUAUUUUGGAGCGACAGCAAUCACCGGAGAUCUCUCAGAUAACCAUGACAUCAUUUCCUUGAAACUCUACCAACUGACUGUAAUACGGAGUCGAAAGGAAGAGGAGGAAGAGGAGGAGGAGGAAAUAACCAUACCCAGCGUAGAUAACCUGGACCUGCUGAGAUUGGGCCAGAAUGAAGAAGGGAUGAGCGGAAUAGCCAUCUUUUUCGCCGUGUUGUUCUCCUUGCUGGGCUGCAUCUUCCUCGUGGUCAUCGGCCUGGUGGUCUACAGCCACUGGAACGAGAGCCGACGCAAGCGUUUCUACUGACGGACGAAAGAAAAGCGGCGGCGAUCACGGUGACUGCUUUGGACACCGCAGCAGACGGGGAGCGUUACUCGACAGGAAAGAGGUGCACGCGUCCGUACAGCUGCUCCUGGUUCCACAUCUGGUUCUCAGACUCUGCCUAUCUCACCAGCUCAGCCUUACCAUCUCCACUUCUGGACCCGUCACACUGCACAGAUGCAGCAUCCUGCUCCACUUCUAAUCUUUGUCUUGAGGUUCACUGCAUUUGAUUUGUGUGGAGGUUCCCCUUUGUUUUCUGGACUGUAGAUUCAUUUUAAUGACUUUGUUGAAUGUGUGUUGUGAUUUAUUUAUUGUCCUUUAUUUUAUUGCCCCUCUGCCCAGCCUGCUGUGGGAAGUGCUAAACAAACAAAACUGCCAUUUCUAAAAUGCGGAGAAUGUUGAAUGGAAGAGUGGAUCCACACACUGUCAGUUCAACAAGUGGCUCCUGCAUGGGGGGACUUUUUUCUAAUCAACUCAGUUAGGUGGACGUGUUUAUUUUGUCAUUUUCAUUUAAAAUAUGUAUUUUUUAUUUUAUUUGUCAUUAGGGCUGCACGAUAUGAGGAAAACUUGCGAUAUGCGAUAUUAGUGAUCAA